GCUCAAUGCAAAAGGUUUAUGGUUGUUCCAGAUGAAUCGUCAUGCGUGGCACCAACGUGGAUGGGGAAAGGUAUCACUUGUGUUUGCUUUAAGCGUAAGGGAAUUGUUGAACGAAUUUGCAUCAAUUUGACACCACAGAAGGAAGAAAGAAUGAGAAGGCUCAAACAUCGCACAAAAGUUAGUUUUGAUGCCUCAAGAGUUGAACACCAGGAAGCACUAAGGGCCUUAUGGUUUGCCACUUAUCCUGACCAAGAUCUCCAUGGGUUAGUGUCUGAUCAGUGGAAGGAAAUGGGCUGGCAAGGCAAAGAUCCGUCUACUGAUUUCAGAGGAGGUGGAUUCAUUUCACUGGAGAACCUAGUGUUCUUUGCCAAGACAUUCCCAAUAUCAUUUCAGCACGUAUUGAAAAAGCAGGGGGGCAAACGAGCUACAUGGGAAUACCCUUUUGCUGUUGCGGGUGUAAAUAUCACAUUUAUGAUCAUGCAAAUGCUUGAACUAGAUUCUACAAAACCCCGAUCAUUUGUCAGGCCAGUUUUCAUGCAGAUGUUGUCAGAAAACGAGUGGGCUUUUGACCUACUGUAUUGUGUAGCUUUCAUGGUCAUGGACAAGCAAUGGCUGGAGAGAAAUGCAAGCUAUAUGGAGUUCAAUGAUAUUCUGAAAUGUACUCGAGCUCAGCUGGAAAAAGAAAUUCUAAUGGAUAAUGUUAUAAGGAUUGAAGGCAUGCCCUCCUAUAGCCUUCUGUGUUAAUUGCGUGUAGAUAUUGGUUGGUUUAGAUCAACAAGGGGAGCAUGAACUUGCCUUUAAUUUAGUCUUUCUUCUCAAAGUCUGGCUGCAAGUAGAAAUAGAAAUCAGCAAACUCAGGCCAAUUUCCCUGUAUAUUAUUUAGAACAAUGAAGUAAUAGAGGAUCUAAUUAUCUAGAGGAAGAGGGUCUAAUUAGUUUGAUUAAACAAAAAUACUUGUUUUCAUACAAUUUUUUUUUUUUUUUAAGUUCUCAGUGAUCUGCUGCAUGUAAGAAUUAAUUUAUUACUCCUU